AUGUUUGACCAAGCGACCAGCCUGGGAGCCGGGGGGAGCGAGGGGAGAGAGCGGGGAGCGCCGGACAAAGGCGGGGAGAGCCGACCUCCAGCCCGGGCCCCGGGGAGGGGGGUCAGAGACAGCCUGGGGCCCUGCGCCCCCACCCCCACACCCACACCCACUCCAAUCCCGUUCCCAACCAAAACCCACACCCCGUCCGAGGAAGGAAGCGACGCCAAACUAUCCCAGGGAGACCCUGACUACUGCAGGCGCAUUCUGGUCAGAGACGCCAAGGGGACAAUCAGGGAGAUAGUGCUGCCUCGAGGCUUGGACCUGGACCGGCCCAAGCGGACUCGCACCUCCUUCACAGCCGAGCAGCUAUACCGCCUGGAGCUGGAGUUUCAGCGCUGCCAGUAUGUGGUGGGCAGAGAGCGGACAGAGCUAUCCAGACAGCUCAGCUUGUCCGAGACACAGGUUAAAGUUUGGUUCCAGAACAGACGGACGAAGCAGAAGAAGGACCAGAGUAAAGACUGUGAGCAGGGCUCGCCCGGCUCCUCCGAGUCUGUGGCCACGUGUAACAUCCUGCGUUUGCUGGAGCAGGGCCGUCUGCUGGCCCCCCCAGCCCCCAGCCUCCUGCCCCUGGCUCCUAACGCCCUGGGCUCCGCACAGGGCAACGGAUCGAGCCUGGUCAGCUCCACCACCCCCUCACCCAGGCUGAGCAGCACCCCACCUGGACAGCACCCGUUCAGCCUGCCUGCACCCACUCUGGGCUGUCCAUCCCCCGGCCCCCACCUGCCGGCAGCUCUCUGCUUUGCUGGGCCAGUGAUGGGCAACCCCCAUGAACUCUCGGCCGGCUACAGUGUGGGAAUGUCUGCCUUCGAGCCUUACACACGGACGGAGAGGCAGGACGAGGCAGUGGUGGAGCGAGCCAGUUCCUAG